GCUUUUUUAUGACGUAUUUUCAUCGUCUUGACGUCUGUGCUUUACACCGUGACUAAAGUGAAGCGAAGACUUUAAAAUGUAAAUUGCAAGAGCUUUAUCGGAACAAAAUGCGGAAUUUGUAUUUGUUAGUUAUUGUUAAAGCAAAAAUUUUAUACCUUACAAUGAGAUAUUGUGCGACUUUUUCUCUAUUUCUUUCUAUUUUAUGUUGUUCAUGUUGGACAAAACAUCAUAUUCCAUAUAAAGGAAUUCAGUUCUCUAUCUGACGCAUGGAAAUCAGCAGGAAAUCUCGUAACAUGCGCGAGCGCUAAAUGUUUUGAUUUGCUAAAUUAGGAAUUUGAUUCCUGCUGUGCGUAAUGGUCUGCCCGCUUUCUCAAAUAGGCUUAAAAUAAUCAUUAAAUGUUCUCAAUUUCAAGCAACAGAGAGAAUCUUGUGAAAUGGGUUGACCUGUAGUAAAGUAAGGUCGACGAAUGGAUUGUGACGACUGCUGUUGAGUUUUCUUGGUUAAAUAUGGAUGCGAUAGGAGGUUCGCCUCAACGACUACCCAGUAGAAGACCUAAAACAUCAACUGCUGUUUCGUCUGUGCGUCCUAAGCGAGCUCUGCUUUGCUUAGAAUUGCACCAUCCAAUACGGCGUUAUGCUAUUAAUAUCGUGGAAUGGAAACCCUUUGAUAUUCUCAUCUUGAUAACAAUAUUUGCUAAUUGUGCGGCAUUAGCUGCCUACGAACCAUUACCUAAGGAAGACAGCAGUACAGUGAACGAGAAUUUGGAGAAGGCUGAAUACUUCUUUGUCACAAUAUUCACCAUUGAAUCGAUAUUGAAAAUUCUUGCCUACGGUUUUUUCUUUCAUCCCGGUGCAUACCUACGAAACACAUGGAAUAUUUUAGAUUUCGUUAUUGUUAUCAUAGGUUUGAUGACGAUAGCGUUGGGUGGGACCUGGGGCAACGUGAAAGCUUUGAGAGCAUUUCGUGUUUUGAGACCUUUGCGUCUUGUGUCUGGCGUACCAAGUUUGCAGGUUGUUCUCAAUUCUAUCCUCAAGGCAAUGCUACCGCUUUUUCAUAUUGCGUUGCUUGUUGUUUUUGUCGUAAUCAUGUACGCCAUUAUUGGACUGGAACUGUUUCUUGGAAAGAUGCACAAGACUUGUUACGACAACGCGACAAUGUCAAUCACCUCGGAGGAUCCAGUCCCUUGUACCACAACAGGUGGAGGUCACUAUUGUAGUUCUCGAGAAGUAUGUCGUGGGCCUUGGGAUGGACCUAAUAACGGCAUCACGAAUUUCGAUAAUAUUGGUUUGGCUUGUCUUACAGUGUUUCAGUGUGUCACAUUGGAAGGUUGGACUGAUGUCAUGUAUAAUAUAAACAAUGUAACGAGCAGUUCUUGGCCAUGGUUGUAUUUUAUAACGCUCAUUAUUCUGGGGUCGUUUUUUGUGCUCAAUCUCAUAUUGGGCGUUUUAAGCGGGGAAUUUGCAAAAGAAAAAGAACGCGCACAAAAAAGUGGCGAGUUUCAGAAAUUUCGUGAAAGGCAAAUGUUGGAAGAAGCUUUACAUGGUUAUGUGGAGUGGAUCAAUGAAGCGGAAGAUCUAGCUGAUGAUGAAGAGAGUGAUAAAGAAGCUCGUGGAAGUCACAUGACGCUGUCCAGGUCUCCUCGAGGCUCGCAGUCACGUAGUGAUGACCUGAAUGAUGAAACACAGUUAGAACCGCGAGAACUGUCGUGGUUCGAGAGAAAAAGAAAAUAUUUUAAAAAUCAUCACAAACGUUUUCGUCGGCGUUGUCGUGAGUUCGUCAAGUCUCGCGCUUUUUAUUGGACUGUUAUCGCUGUUGUGUUUCUAAACUCUUUUUGUCUGGCGAUGGAACACUAUAAACAGCCUGAGUAUUUCACGCUGUUCUUGGACCGUGCCAACAAAAUCUUUUUAGCACUCUUUACGUUAGAAAUGUUUCUUAAAAUAUAUUGUCUCGGGCGUUCUGCAUAUUUUGGAUCACUCUUCAACAGAUUUGAUUGUAUGGUUGUUUUAGGAAGCCUAUUGGAGCUCGCCAUUACCGAGAUUACUGGAAUGCCUCCGAUAGGAAUUAGCGUGUUUCGUUGUGUUAGAUUGCUGAGGAUUUUUAAAGUCACGAAACAUUGGACAUCUCUGAGCAAUCUCGUCGCGUCUUUAUUAAACAGUGUAAGAUCCAUCGCUGGUCUUUUGUUGCUUCUUGGUUUGUUUAUGGUUAUUUUCUCUCUUCUUGGAAUGCAAACAUUUGGUGGAAAGUUUCAUUUUGAUGAUGCAGCAACACCUCGAAGUAAUUUUGACGCGUUUUGGACGGCUAUUUUGACCGUUUUUCAAAUUUUGACUGGCGAAGAUUGGAAUGCCGUCAUGUAUGACGGGAUACGUGCCUACGGCGGUAUUCGCAAUCCAAGGCUGCCAUACCGAUCAUAUUUCAUUGUACUCGUUAUUGUUGGAAAUUAUAUACUUCUGAAUGUUUUCCUCGCGAUUGCGGUGGAUAACCUUGCAGAUGCAGAAAAUCUUACACGCAUUGAGCAUGAGCACGAGAGAGUUCGCAAGGAAAAGAAGAAAAAGAAGUUGUUACGAAGAAUAAUUGCUCAAACAUCUCAUUCUUCUAUUUCUGAAUCAUAUGGAAACAGUGUAAAACGUGCAAGCUCGUUGGAGAAUAAGUUCAAUGGUUUAGCACGACCUGACCAAGAUCAUGUUUCCGGUUCAAAUGAGGUCAAAAGGAAUUCGUCGACUGUCCAACGAAUGGUACCAAAACGUGAUAGUUUUGUGGCAGAUAAGAUUGAUCCAAUGCCACAAGAGAGUUCUUUGUUUAUCUUUAGCAGCAGUAAUCGGUUUCGAGUCACAUGUUUUAAUUUCGUCACGUAUUCAUACACAGUGAACUUUAUCCUUGCGUGUAUUUUGGUCAGUAGUGCUUUGUUGGCUGCUGAAGAUCCUGUCCGCGUAAACUCGCAAAGAAACGAAGUUUUGAAAUAUUUUGAUUACUUUUUUACUGUCGUCUUUACAUUGGAAAUAACAUUUAAGGUCAUAUCUUAUGGUUUUAUUCUUCAUCGCGGAUCGUUUUGUCGUAGUAGUUUCAAUCUUCUCGAUAUGUUAGUUGUUGCUGUAUCAAUACUAGCGAUUGUUUUAAGUUCAGCUCAGUUUUCUGUCGUCAAAAUACUCAGAGUUUUGCGAGUCCUUCGGCCACUUCGUGCUAUCAACAGAGCGAAAGGAUUAAAACAUGUUGUUCAGUGCAUGUUUAUGGCGGUGAGAUCAAUAGGAAAUAUCAUGUUGGUAACGGUGCUUUUUCAAUUUCUUUUUGCCGUCAUCGGGGUUCAACUUUUCAAGGGCACAUUUUAUUACUGCACAGAUCAGUCAAAACGUACUGAAGAGGAAUGCAUGGGAAAAUUUGUUAAAGAUGGCAAUGAUAUGGUCGAUCGUGAAUGGAAACGAAACGCUUUCACUUUCGAUAACGUUCCUCAAGCCAUGUUGACUUUGUUUGUCGUCAUGACGUUCGAAGGAUGGCCCGGCAUUCUUCAUAAUUCCAUCGACUCCACAUCACCCGGUUUCGGACCUGUUCUAAACAAUCGCCCAUUGGCUGGAAUAUAUUACGUCAUUUAUAUAGUCGUGAUAGCGUUUUUUAUGGUAAAUAUUUUUGUUGGCUUUGUCAUCGUAACAUUUCAACAAGAAGGCGAAGAGGAAUUCAAAGGUUGUGAACUUGACAAAAAUCAGCGAAAGUGUAUCGAGUUUGUUCUUAAUGCCAAGCCCAUCCGACUGUACAAGCCCAGCGACCGAUUUCAAUUCCAUAUAUGGAUGGUGACGUCACGAGCAUUUGAAUACAUGAUCUUUGCUUUCAUUACGUUAAAUACCAUUGUGCUGGCAAUGCAGCAUUAUAAACAACCUCUUAUCUACACACGUGUUUUGGACGGUUUCAACAUUGGUUUUACAGCUGUCUUUCUACUUGAGUGUAUAUUAAAAAUGAUUGCAUUUGAGCCGAAGAACUACUUUUUGGAUAGUUGGAACGUUUUUGACUUCAUCGUUGUUGUUGGAAGUAUUGUCGAUAUUUUGGUAGCAGAACUGAUGAGCGGUGGAGAAAUGACCUUCAGUCUCAGUUUCUUGCGUUUAUUCCGCGCUUUACGUCUUGUGAAGUUAUUAAACCAAGGUGCGGGAAUUCGUCAACUUCUUUGGACUUUCAUCAAAUCUUUUCAGGCUCUGCCGUACGUUGGUUUGCUUAUCCUAAUGACUUUUUUCAUAUUCGCUGUCGUUGGCAUGCAGUUAUUUGGCAAGAUUAAAUUAGAUGACGAGACAGCUAUAACUGAGCAUAAUAAUUUUCAGACUUUCCCACAAGCCAUUUUGGUUCUUUUUAGAUCAGCGACCGGUGAAAAUUGGCAACAGAUUAUGUUGUCUUGUACCGGUGGAGGAAAAUGCGAUCCUUCAUCAGAUACGAAAGAUCAAGAAUGUGGAACUUUCUUUGCAUAUUUUUAUUUUGUUGCGUUCUACAUGAUUUGUUCCUUUCUGAUCAUAAAUCUUUUCGUAGCAGUCAUUAUGGAUAAUUUCGAUUAUCUUACACGUGAUUGGUCAAUUCUGGGCCCUCAUCAUCUUGACGAGUAUGUCCGAGUUUGGGCCGAGUACGAUACCGAAGCAAAAGGUCGUGUGAAGCAUGUGGAUAUAGUCGCGAUGUUAAAACGGAUUGAGCCACCUCUUGGUUUUGGAGAAUUUUGUCCUCAAAGAGACGCAUGCAGACGUUUGGUUGGCAUGAACAUGCCUUUGAAUCGCGAUGGCACUGUUGAUUUUAAAGGCACUCUGUUUGGUCUGAUAAGAACUGCGUUGAAUAUAAAAAGACCAGAAGGAAAGCUUUCUUUAGACGGUGCAAAUCAACAAUUACGAGGAAUUAUUUUGAGAGUGUGGCCACGCACUAGCAAAGAACUUUUAGACAAGAUUGUUCCGAAAACCGAAGACGAUGAUGGUGUGACAGUGGGAAAGUUUUAUGCCACAUAUCUCAUACAAGAUUAUUUCAGACGAUUUCGAGCAAGAAAGAAAACACCGGGAGCCCGCAAGCAGAGUGUCAUGGCAACACAAGAGGACAAAACUUACCCUCUACAGGCUGGUCUGCGCGGUAUUCAAGGCCUGGGUCCGAAAAUACGUGAAGCAAUGUCUGGGAAAAUCGACGACGAAGAACAAUUGGAUGAGAAAGUUAAAAAAUUUUCUAAAAAUGAUCAACAUGCGGAGAAAAACGGUGGAGCUUGGCCCAAAAAAAGAAUGGAAAAUGGCCGACGUUUUUCUGAUGGAGAUCUCAAGGACGAUGAGCGACCUGCAUCACAGCCGGUUCGCACAUCUUCGUUACGUUUAUCUGCUUUGUUUAAGCGUCGAAGCACUGGAUCUGAUAUGACGCACAAAGUUGAGUCAGCUGAAAUUCCUUUAAAGAGAGAACCGAUUAAACCUGCAAAGAAAAUUCCACCACCCCCACAUAACGAUGCGAUGAAUGGCGAUGUACAUACGUUUGGCAACGAAGAAAUUGCAUCGGAUGCAAGCGUUUCCAAACCAGAAGAGCAUGCUAUCUUACCUAUAGAAACUGGCAAUCAUUCUGAUUUGAAACAGAGUGCAAGUCUUCCCGAGGAUGAACUAGUGAGUGACAGACCAUCUCCUUUCCCCUUAAAAGAGCGAAGACGCAGUAAGAGUGAAACCAGAAUCAAUCCAGAUAACAUUGAAGAUCAGAGAGUAUCCUUAAGUCCGGAUGAUCCAAUUAUUCAAGCCGUUCAACGUGAAAUAUCAGAAGCUUUUGACGUCUCCGAUGUGGAACUAAAUAUGAUGGCCGAAGAUUUGCUCACGGAUCUUGCGCACAUUGAAGUGGACGGCGGUCAUGGUCAGCGGUUACCCUCAUCGGCAUCAGUGUACAGCCCGACAAAGUGGCAGGAGACAUACAAGAACUUACCGGAUGAUUACACGGUGACUGACGUCUGAUGUUUAUGUGUCCCACACAUAAUGAUGGGAAACUUUAAUGGAGCGAAGUCAGGCGAAAGUUUUUCAUUCUCCUCACCGUUUAAUGCGAUUUGCAUAAAAUGCGUUCCUUUUUCUGCGCCGCUAGCAGCACAUGCACAUGUUUUGCACGAUUGGUUUAAUGCAAUGUUCAUUGAACUGAGUCAAUUGGACUUUUUUUAUCAUUGUGAAAAAAUUUAUUUUUUAUAAUAAAAGUAUAGUCGAAUGUUA